AUGGACUUCGCCACCAGCAUGCACGACCGGCCCUAUGCCAACUCAGAAUACUGGUUAAAAGCCAAGGAAGGCCGCGACCUCUGGGGGUCCCCGCCCGCAUCAAGCGCCCCUUGCCGAGGGAACCUGGCCGGGCGAGCGGUGCGCGCAGGCUCAGAGGCCAGCAGCCGGCCCAGCCUGCCCCGCAACAGCCAGUGCGGCUCCUGGAGGGAAAGGAGCAAGGCGGCCCCGCAGGUGUGGCGCGGCCCUGGGAGGGCGCGUGCGAGCGCUCCUUUGUUUGGUGCCCGCACAGCCCCGGGCCCCAGGCCUGAACGCCAGCCUUCCCGAGCUGAGUCACAGCUGCAGAGUCCGCGGGCGACCAUACGGCCCCGCCCGGAAGGAUGCGGCCCUUUCCUGAAGCUGGCGAGUUCGAUGCGGUGGCGGGGACAAAAGCCAGGGGAAGGUGGCGGCUUCUAUUCUACAAAGCCCUUUAGGGAAGAGGGGAGUCAGGCCGCCUUCACCCAGUGCAGGUCCGUCACGAUGGUCACCCAGAGCACUCACGCAGAAAGCCAGCUUGCAGCCGCCAGCCCUGAGGAUGCCGCCCCCAAGGGGCUCAUUGCUCUAAUCACCCGUCCAGGGGCUUGAGGCAAAGCUCCAAGACAGACCUGUAGCAGCAUGGCCCAAAAAGUUCCUCUGCUGCCCCAGUCCCAUACCUGCCUGAGGUACGGGGGUUCAGGCUGAGUCGGCUGACCUGGAGUCAUCUGGAAGCCUUGUCAGAAAUGCAGAUUCUGCAGUGCUGUUCCCAGAGGAUGAGAUUCAGCAGAACUGGAUAAAGCCAUGAAACCUACAUUUAAUAAGUGCCCCUGGGGUUUUUUUCAGCAGGGGGUUGGUACAGUUCAUUUUGAUUUUGUAGAAGAUCGCAUGAACACAGAUGUGUUAACCACAUAUGGGUACCACUGAAUGACAGUAAGUUGAGGAAUUUGCCCAAGAAGACACAGCUAGCAGUUGGCAAAGGUGGGAGUCAACCCAGGGUCACCAGGCCCCCAAGUCUGUGUUUCUAAGCACAGGCCAAACCUCUACAGCAGUUCCCUAGGAGCUUCUAAACUCUUCCUUUGUACUUUUGUGUUAUCCAAUAUCACCCGAAAUAAGCAGCAUCAGCUGACACUCUUCUACCUUUUGAUUGUAUAGGGAUGUUGUUAUGGUAUGUGGAUCUGGAUAUGUUGUAACUUAAGCCUAUCAGUCACUAAUAGACAUGAACACCCAGAAGGGUCUAUUAUGUCUAGAUGGAUGCCAACUCGAAUGGAUUUUUAUAUAAUCUCUAGUUUAAAGGCUGCUAGUCUAUCAAAAGAGGAUAGAGAAAAAAAUACACUGAAAAUUAGAUUUAAGACAGAUUUAUCCCUUUGCUUGGCAAAUGUCAUCUUAUCCUG